AUGGCGUCCAUGACGAACGACACGUGCAACGGCCUCACGCUUUCGAACUGGGAAAGCCAGGACAGGCCUACCGAUAUCACUACAGGCUAUAUUCUCAACGGCGGAAACGCCACGUAUCGGGCAAUGCAGACGUGCUGCAGCCCCAACCCUGUCAGUGUCGUUGACAACUGCGUCGUCUGGUGUGAGCUGCCUCCUGCCAUCACGGACAAGGGUCAAAACGGGACUGAGGCGACCGCGUUGGCUGAUUGCCUCAGGUCGAACGGGGUGGAACACCCGGGAGAAGUCGGCGCGGCCAAGGCCAAAAAGUCGUCGGGAGGAUCGCGCACCAUAGGUCGUCACCCGGCCUUACCAGGUCUCGCUGUCUAUGCGUUGCUGGGUCUAUGGCUGUCCGUGGGCCAUGUGAUCACAUGA